CCCAUUUGUCCUUGUCAAACAAACCAAAGUACACUGAUAAAAAGAUCAUAUCUUUCAUCACAAGUUUCUUUGUACUCGAACUUUCUAACCCUUAAUUUAAUGGCUUCUUCUUUUUCUUAUAACCCUUCUCAAAACCUAGCUAUUCUUCUACUCGUAGCUUUCAUUACAAACUAUUUGGUGUUGGUUGCAGUUGCUGGUAACUUCAACCAAGAUUUCGACAUAACUUGGGGAGAUGGUCGUGGUAAAAUAGUCAACAAUGGUCAAGUUCUUACUCUUUCGUUGGACAAAGCCUCAGGCUCUGGAUUUCAGUCCAAGGACCAAUAUUUGUUCGGAAAAAUUGAUAUGCAAAUCAAGCUUGUCCCUGGUAACUCCGCUGGCACAGUUACAGCUUACUAUUUGCGAUCGGAAGGGUCUAGUUGGGAUGAGAUAGACUUUGAGUUCUUGGGGAAUCUGAGUGGUGACCCUUAUAUUGUGCACACUAACAUUUUCAGCCAAGGCAAAGGCAAUAGGGAGCAACAGUUCUACGUUUGGUUUGAUCCAACUGCUGAUUUCCACACCUACUCUAUUCUCUGGAACCCUCAACAUGUUGUGUUGUACGUAGAUGGAACUCCAAUCAGAGAGUUCAAAAACAUGGAGUCAAUCGGAGUUGCUUACCCCAAAAACCAACCAAUGAAGAUCUACUCGAGCCUCUGGAACGCUGAGGAGUGGGCCACAAGAGGUGGUUUGGUGAAGACCGAUUGGACCAAAGCUCCUUUCACUGCGUCCUACAAAAGCUUCAACGAUGAUCAGGCUUGUGUUUGGUCAUCAUCAUCAUCUUCUUCUUCUUCUUGCUCCAACACUACUUCUGUCAUGCUUUCACAAGAAUUGGACACCACAAGCCAAGAGAGGCUCAAAUGGGUUCAGAAGAAUUACAUGAUUUAUAAUUAUUGUACUGACACUCAGAGAUUCCCACAAGGCCUCCCUCUAGAGUGCACUGCACCCGCCCAAUAAAUCCUAGGGUUUAACUUCUUCCUAUAUUGUAGAAUUCCUUUACUUUUAUUUAUUUUAUUUGUAUACGCAUGAAAAUUAAUUAUUAGUUUAUUACAGCUAGCCCUACCAAUUUAUUGUUUGUUAAUUUGAGGUUUGAAUUUGUGAGCAUCAAUAAAUAUAAGAUGACUUUGAAAUA